UUUGAAGGGGUGUUUGGAAGUAAAAGUGUGGAUGUUCAGCAGGAAACCAGAGCUAAAUAGUGGCAUGCUGAGAUGUGGGUAAAAGCGAGCUUACCUCUUUGGAAAGUGACAGGGAGCGUUUUUUCUUUCUUGUUGCUACUUCUUCCCAGCAGCAGCAGAGGAUCAGACACAUAUUUUAUAAAUGGGACCAUGGUUAUGUUGAAGAUUUCUGCUUUCCUCGUUGCCUAUGCCCUGGUCAUUUGCCAGAUGUACUGCUCACAAGCGGCCCCUGCCAGACCGGGUUUAGAGUCCAUGUCAGACCGAGUCACGCUCACGGACUACGAGGCGCGAAGGUUACUCAACGCCAUCGUCAAGGAGUUUGUGCAGAUGACGGCAGAGGAGCUGGAGCAGCAGGAAACUGAAGGAAACAGCAGCGUUACAGCACAGAAGCGAGCCUGCAACACGGCAACUUGCGUGACUCACCGCCUGGCGGACUUCCUCAGCAGGUCGGGGGGAAUGGGCAACAGCAACUUCGUCCCAACCAACGUCGGCGCCAAGGCCUUCGGCAGGCGGAGGAGAAACGUCCAGAUGUGAGCACCCCCCAAAAACCUUCAGGGAAACGAGGUGGAAACCAGACAAGAAAACAUCAGAAAAAAACCUGAGAACAAAAAUCAACAAAAACAAAGUCGAGCAGAAAAUAAACAGUGAACUGGCCCUCUAUCCACAACCUCACGUUCUUAUGGAGAAAAAAAAAAAAAGACGCCACAGGACUUCUCGUCCCCAUUUCCAUCCUGUUAGUGAAACCUUUUGCUUUUGGCAAAUAACAGAAAAAAAAGAGAAAAAAAAGCACUAGUUUAUGUACAUGAACAAAUGAACUCCUGAAGAAAGAAAAAAAAACAUCCUAAUGGUUCCUCUUUUUUAUACAUGAAUAUAAUUGGAAAAUAAAAUGAAAGCAGCAGUGGUUAUCACCGUUUUUUUUUCCUACUUUCACCUCGUUAGAGCACAUUUCUUCCAUCCAACCCACCCCACCCAUCACCCUCCUCACCCACCCCUCCCCAUUCACCAUCCAUACUCCUACAUUUUCCACAGUUCCACUUCUUCCCAAGGGUACCAUGUUUUCCUGUGUGCCAGAGGGACGCCAUUAAAGAUCAGCCUACCCAAGGCCCCCCCACAACGGCUGUUGUCUUGUGCCUUGAUGUAGAACAAUUUACAUGAUUGUACAGUUCUGUUUCGAGAUGAUAAAGAAGACCCCGAGCAAGGGUGAAGAGAAUGAAGAUCGAUUAAUAUUGUAAACAAUAUUGUGAAAAAAAAAAAACCAAACAAAUUUCAGCAAGAUUAAAAUGUAUUUUAGAUACACUCGGGUUUGGGGUACUUGUGUUGUUCUUCAGAGGUUUUUAAGCAUUUAGGUGUAGAAAGAGUUUGAACGAUUGAGAGGUUGAUUAUAUUAUGAGAAGCUUAUAUUUGUACAUUAAUUGCUGGAAUACUGAAUAACAAUGUCCAUAAAUUAUAAAUGAUAAAUCAUAUGGCAUUAGUGAACCUCAUGUGAACAGAGUGAUUUGUAAUUCUUUUACGGAUACGCACGCACACACACACACACACACACACACACACACACACACACACACACACACACACACACAAAACACUGGAAAUCAAGUCCACAUAUAUACGCUCAAAUGUUGCUCAGUCUGGGUCACUUUGUAUGCAGUGACUGUCUGCAGUGUAAACACAUGGGUUUCAUCGGGACUAUUUUGUGACUCACACCACACAGCAUGGAUGUGUUGAGAUACA